AUGAAGGCGUCAGGGUCUACUGGCUGGAAAGCUCCCGUCAAGUUCAGGAUGCCCACUGCUGAAAACUUGGUACCCAUUCGUUUGGACAUUCAAUUCGAGGGCCAGCGUUACAAAGAUGCUUUCACUUGGAACCCUUCAGACCCUGAUAAUGAGGUCGUUGUCUUCGCUAAAAGGACUGUUAAAGACUUGAAACUUCCCCCUGCGUUUGUCACUCAGAUUGCCCAAUCUAUUCAGUCUCAGCUCGCAGACUUUCGCUCAUACGAAGGACAGGAUAUGUACACUGGUGAAAAAAUCAUACCAAUCAAGCUUGAUCUCCGAGUUAACCAUACCCUUAUCAAGGAUCAGUUCUUGUGGGACCUAAACAAUUUUGAGAGUGAUCCUGAGGAAUUUGCAAGAACCUUGUGUAAGGAUUUAGGUGUUGAAGAUCCUGAAGUUGGGCCUGCUGUUGCCUUUGCUAUUAGAGAACAGCUUUACGAGAUUGCAAUUCAAAGUGUGGCUUCUGCUAGGGAGAGUAGACUAAGUAAGAAAGGCCGUAGAGGAUCUGAUCAUGGUUCAGCGAGUAGCAAGGCAAGUGGCUUGUCAAUGGACUUAGUGAAGUUAUUCAGCUUUAAGUCCAGUGUAGUUCGGAAAAGGAAAGACUUGGAUGUGUAUGAACCUGUGGUGGAUCUGCUAACAAAUGAGGAAGUGGAUGCGCUUGAAGCCAGAGAAGAGAGGCAUGCAAGGUAA